AAACCAAGGCCCAGUGACUGGAGUGAAAUUCAGGGCCUUUCCUGCCACCCUUUGGAGAAGAAGCCAGGGCUCCUUCUCAGUCUUCUGUGAUUGGGGGAAGUUGUUAAAUGCCACACCUUGGCACUGAAGAGCUUGAGGCUCAGACACUAAACCCAGGAUAUUUUGACUAGGCCAGGCUGCACAGGUUGUUUUGGGAACCAUCUGGACACUGGAGACCCCCAGAAACUUUGCCUUCGACAGUUGGAGAGAGGGACCAGUGAGCAGAACAACAGGAAAGGAAUGAAGUCAGCAAGACAUCAAAGUCCAGCCUUCUGAGAACCAACAGUAACAGAUGAGCAAGGAGCUAGCAGCAAUGGAACCUGGAGCUUCAAGGGAUGGACUCAGAGCUGAGACAACACACCAAGCCCUGGGCUCUGGAGUCAGCCUGCACACCUAUGACAUCGUGGUGGUGGUCAUCUACUUUGUCUUUGUCCUUGCUGUGGGAAUUUGGUCGUCCAUCCGCGCAAGCCGAGGGACCAUUGGUGGCUAUUUCCUGGCUGGAAGAUCCAUGACCUGGUGGCCAAUUGGAGCAUCUCUAAUGUCCAGCAAUGUGGGCAGUGGCUUAUUCAUCGGCCUGGCUGGAACAGGGGCUGCUGGAGGCCUUGCUGUGGGUGGCUUCGAGUGGAAUGCAACUUUUCUGCUUCUGGCCCUGGGCUGGAUCUUUGUCCCUGUGUACAUCGCAGCUGGUGUGGUCACCAUGCCACAGUACCUGAAGAAACGAUUUGGGGGGCAGAGGAUCCAGGUGUACAUGUCAGUCCUGUCUCUCAUACUCUACAUCUUCACCAAGAUAUCGACUGAUAUCUUCUCUGGAGCCCUCUUCAUCCAGAUGGCCUUGGGCUGGAAUCUCUAUCUCUCCACAGUCAUCCUGCUGGUGGUGACAGCUGUCUACACCAUUGCAGGGGGCCUCACAGCUGUGAUCUACACAGAUGCUCUACAGACCGUGAUCAUGGUUGGGGGAGCCCUGGUCCUCAUGUUUCUGGGCUUUCGGGAGGUCGGCUGGUACCCAGGCUUGCAGCAGCUCUAUAGACAGUCCAUCCCCAAUGUCACAGUUCCCAACACUACCUGUCACCUCCCACGGUCUGAUGCCUUCCACAUGCUUCGAGAUCCUGUGAACGGGGACAUCCCCUGGCCAGGUCUUAUUUUUGGCCUCACAGUCUUGGCCACCUGGUGUUGGUGCACGGACCAGGUGAUUGUGCAGAGGUCUCUCUCGGCCAAGAGUCUUUCACAUGCCAAGGGAGGAUCAGUGUUAGGGGGCUACCUAAAGAUCCUCCCAAUGUUCUUCAUUGUCAUGCCCGGCAUGAUCAGCAGGGCCCUGUACCCAGAUGAAGUCGCCUGUGUGGACCCUGACAUCUGUCAGAGAGUGUGUGGGGCCAGAGUUGGAUGCUCCAAUAUUGCCUACCCCAAACUUGUUAUGGCUCUCAUGCCUGUGGGUCUGCGAGGCCUGAUGAUUGCCGUGAUCAUGGCUGCCCUCAUGAGCUCACUCACCUCCAUCUUCAACAGCAGUAGCACCCUGUUUGCCAUAGAUGUGUGGCAGCGAGUCCGCAGGCAGGCAUCGGAGCAAGAGCUGAUGGUGGUAGGCAGGUUGUUUGUAGUCUUCCUGGUACUCAUCAGCAUCCUCUGGAUCCCCAUCAUCCAGAGCUCCAAUAGUGGGCAGCUCUUUGACUACAUCCAAUCCAUCACCAGCUACCUAGCCCCGCCCAUCACAGCCCUCUUCCUGCUGGCCAUCUUCUGCAAGAGGGUCACUGAGCCUGGUGCCUUCUGGGGCCUCAUGUUUGGCCUGGUAGUGGGAAUACUGCGUAUGAUUCUGGAGUUCUCAUACUCAGCCCCAGCCUGUGGGGAGAAGGACAGGCGGCCAGCUGUUCUUAAGGACUUCCACUACCUGUACUUUGCCCUCCUCCUCUGUGGACUUACCGCCAUCAUCAUUGUCAUAAUCAGCUUCUUCACGGAGCCCAUCCCCGACGAAAAGCUUGCUCGCCUGACCUGGUGGACAAGGAGCUGUCCCAUAUCUGAACUACAGAAGAAAGUCUCUGUGAGUGUGAACAACACAGAGAGUGACAACUCUCCAGCACUGGCAGGGAGGCCAGUGAUGGAGGGCACUGCAGGAGAUGAGGAAGAAGCAAACACCACCUCAGAGCCUGAACAACCAGAAGUCCUACACAGGUCCUGGGGGAAAUGGCUGUGGAACUGGUUCUGCGGACUCUCUGGAACACCACAGCAAGCACUGAGCCCAGCUGAGAAGGCUGAGCUGGAGCAGAAGCUGACCAGCAUCGAGGAAGAGCCACUCUGGAGAUGUGUCUGCAACAUCAAUGCCAUCAUCCUGCUGGCCAUCAACAUCUUUCUCUGGGGCUAUUUUGCAUGACUCCAGAGACUAGGGUUUAGUUGAAAUGAGUAAAACCACUGAACCCUGGUCCGUCCCCAAGACCAAAGGCAGGCUCUCUUUCCAACUUGCUGUGCUAACUGCAGACCACAGAGACUGAGAGCAAAAGAGCCUUGAGGAGCAUCUGUUCUCAUAUGCUUGUAAGGUGGAGAUAUGAAGGGCUAGAGUGGUCACUAGGAUCACCCAAAGUCAUAAAGCAGGACUUACACUAGGUCUCCAACUCCAGCUCUCUUUCUAUUUUACUACCCUGUAAUCCUACCUCAAAAACACUAUCCCCUCCAUCCAAUGAAGAUAUUCAUUGUAUGUGUAUCUUCCAGUUAAAUACAUAGUAAGAAAAUGGGUAGAGAAUUCUAUAAAAAUUAUUCUUGUAUACUCGUUCCCUUUCUGCUUCCUGUUUCCCUUUCCCUCCUUGGCUCUCAGUAAGAUGAGUCCAGUGAGAAGGGUCUUAUCAUGCCGUUGGUUUCCAUUGUGCCUGUCAAUCCCAUAAGAGCAAAGAGCACAGAUAACAUGACAGGUGUGGAGACAAGUGCUCCAAGACCAGGAUCCUCCUUGGCACAAUUCUAAUUCCACUUAUGUCCCCAACAACCUUUCCACAUCCUAGGAACUUGGAGCCUAGCUUGAGCGAUGUAUUGAAAAUAACAGGAAUCAAAGAGCCCUAGGGAGCAGAGAGGACAGCCUGGGGGUGGGCACACCAUGACAUUCACCCCUCUGCCUUUAUUUGCCAAAACUUCUUCCCUGAAAUAUAUUGAAGACCAUGUCUUUGAGCAACUUCUCAGGAAGAUUUCCAAAUGCUGCACACUGGAUCAAGGUCCCACUCAGACCCUACAAUGCAUAUGCUGCCUCCUUGUGGCCCUAUCAUACUGCCCUGCAGUAUACAUUCCCUUGUAGAUGGUGCAUGCCUAGGAGCAGGGAUCAAUGGUGAUGUCCAAACUGGCUUUGUACCUAUCAACAAAAGAAGCCAAUAGAUGCUUGUUGGAUUCAUAUGCACUUCCAGGCCCUGUGCCUUUUGCUCUCUGGAUGGUGAGGAAGAGAGUUAUGGAGUUGGCUUCUGGAGAAGAGACUCUGUGAAGUAUCAUGAGCAGCUGAGUCUCAGGCAUAUAGGCUGAAUGGUACAGAUGCAGCCAAGAAUGGCCCUUCUCCCUCUCCUCUGGUCCUCUGCAAUGCAUUUUUGAUCACCGUGUCAAUGACUGCUCAUUCUAACUGAAGACAAAUAAAAUUCCAUUUCAUUAACCUGCAGACACAGCUGCGCGUCUGAACCUCUCCUCUCGUAGCUGCCUCCAAAUUUUUCUUUCAGUGACUGUCUGACCUCACUGACCCUUGCUUUGAAUCAGAGAGUACACUAAGUGGGUCCAUCUGAGAGGCCGUACUCUUGGACUGCACUGUAGGAGUCAGAACAUUUUUAAUUCAGCUCUUAUAAUGGAGUGCAAGGUGUGCAAGAGCCCCAUGGCCGGAGUUCUGCUCCCAGCUCUUCACAUCUGAAUGAACGAGGGAAAUUCAAAAAACUACUUGUUCAUGGGCUAGUGAGGAAAGAUGGGGUCAGAGGCAAACAAUAAACUGCUGUGGCAAAAAGCUUACAGGUGAAUGUCUGCUCUGAAAAGAAACUUAGAUUUAAAAAAAAGAGGAAGAUGCUUUCAGUGGGGUUGGGACAUAGUCAAAAUCCCACAGGGUGUCAGCAAUUACCACUGUCCGUGCAAAGGUGAUGAGCAGGUUGGUUUUGACACAGGUGGGUGCAGAGAAUCGUGGAGUUAGCCUGGCUACUUUGAGAAGCCAUGGGUUUUUCAGGGUAGAGUCCAUGGCUCCUGGUGCACAAUGUACCUUCCAUUACCUGAGAGGCCAAGGCACUCCCUCAGGCAGUGAAGCUUUCAGACUGCCUGAUGUUUUUUCUGUAUGUUCCCUUGGAAACUGAGGAAACAUGGAAGCUUGACAGGACAAUUGGUUUUAGACAUUCAUUUUGUGCAUUCUGUAAAGUUUGAAAACAUCAUUGUAUCCUGGCAACAACUCUAUGGAUCCUUUUUCAGGAUAAAGGUGUAAAAAGUCUAAUUGCUCUCAAUAAAACUAUCACGGCCUCAGUCUUGCUGUGGCCCCUCCAA